AUGGGAGCCCGUUCUCUACUACGGCUGCUCUUCUUUGCGACGUCUCUAUACGCUGUUGCCCCCACUGAUAGCAGUAGGAGGAUUCAGGAACUGCUGAACGUUGUCAGUGAUGCUUUGUGUAUUCAAGGUGGCAAUCAUCUUGCUUCAUACAUGAACCAAAACAUUGGGAAUAUCAAAGAAUUCCUGUUACGGUGUCCUGGGAGAUCAUAUGACGAGCAAGCGUUUGACCUUUUGGAUCCCACGUGUUGCAAAGACCAUGCGGUCCAGGCACUUGCAAUGGUGGGUCGUUCAGAAGAAGCACAAGACUGGGAGCAGGAUAAUCCAGCCUACCUAGAUCUAAACGACGACUUUACAUCUGAGAGAUUCCAAUAUGCGGAUUACCCUUUCUACUAUACAGAUGAUUCUCCCUAUGGGUUCUUUGAGUACGAUCUUCCACCAGUAUCAAGACGCUACAACCCAUUACUUUUAAAGGAUGCGCAACUUUCAAGACGCUACAGCCCAUUACUAUUAAAGGAUGCACAACUUACAAGACGCAAUGACCCAUUACUAUUAAAGAAUGCACAACUUGCAAGACGCGAUGACCUGUCAUCAUUAAACGAUGUACAAAUUGCAAGACACAAUGACCCAUUUCUAUUGAAGGAUAUACAACUUGCAAGACGCAAUUACCCGACAUCAUUGAUGGACUUAUACCUGACAAGACGCAAUGGACCGAAGAGCACAGUAAUGGCAAGACGCAAUGACCCGAUGGCAUAUAAGGGAACUGAUACGAUGAGACGCAAUAAUAUAGAGGUUUUAAAGGACAUGUUACGUUUAAUACGCAAUAAUUUGACACCUCCUUUAGACGACACAAAAUCUAAAAGACGCCCCAGCCAAGAAACACUAAUGGGAAUAAAACUUGAGAGGCCCAACUACAGAAAAACAUUUAAGGACAAGGAAAAUAAAAAACGCAGCCCCCAAAAGAAAUUCAAAGGAGUGGAAAUAAUAAAACGCAACAUCCCAGCAUCCAUCGAGAGAAUGGAACAUAAAAUGAACAAAGAACCAGAAACGAUAAUAGGAAUGAAACGUAAAAAACGCAAUAGCCCUGGAAUGUUAAAAAAACGAUUAAAAGACAUGGGAACUAAAAUAUAUAAUGACCGAGAAACAUUUAAAGGCGCGGAACCUAAAAGAUACAACGACCAAGAAACAUUUAAGGGCAUGGAACUUAAAAGAAACAAAGACCAAGAAACAUUUAAAGACAUGGAACUUAAAAGAUACAACGAACCAGAAACAUUUAAGGGCAUGAAACCUAAAAGAUACAACGACCCUAAAACAUUUAAAGGCAUGGAACCUAAAAGAUACAACGACCAAGAAACAUUUAAAGCCAUGGAACCUAAAAGACACAACGACCCUGAAACAUUUAAAGGCAUAGAACCUAAAAGAUACAACGAACCAGAAACAUUUAAAGGCAUAGAACCUAAAAGAUACAACGACCCUAAAACAUUUAAAGGCAUGGAACCUAAAAGAUACAACGGCCCUAAAACAUUUAAAGGCAUGGAACCUAAAAGAUACAACGACCAAGAAACAUUUAAAGCCAUGGAACCUAAAAGACACAACGACCCAAAAACAUUUAAAGGCAUGGAACCUAAAAGAUACAACGACCCAGAAACAUUUAAAGGCAUGGAACCUAAAAGAUACAACGACCAAGAAACAUUUAAAGCCAUGGAACCUAAAAGAUACAACGACCCAAAAACAUUUAAAGGCAUGGAACCUAAAAGAUACAACGACCCUAAAAGAUUUAAAGCUAUGGAGCCUAAAAGAUACAACGACCCUAAAACAUUUAAAGCCAUGGAACCUCAAAGAUACAACGAACCAGAAACAUUUAAAGCCAUUGAGCCUAAAAGAUACAACGAACCAGAAACAUUUAAAGCCAUGGAACCUAAAAGGGUCAACGAUCCAGAACCAUUUAAAGGCAUGGAACUUAAAAGAAACAACGACCAAGAAACAUUUAAAGGCAUGAAACCUAAAAGGAACAACGACCCUGAAACAUUUAAGGGGAUGGAAGCUAAAAGAAACAACGACCAGGAAACACUUAAAGGACUAACACCUAAAAGGUACAACGACCCAGAAUCAUUUAAAGGCAUGGAACCUAAAAGAUACAACGACCAAGAAACAUUUAAAGCCAUGGAGCCUAAAAGAUACAACGACCAAGAAACAUUUAAAGCCAUGGAGCCUAAAAGAUACAACGAACCAAAAACAUUUAAAGGCAUGGAACCUAAAAGAAACAACGAUCCUAAAACAUUUAAAGCCAUGGAACCUAAAAGGUACAACGACCCUAAAACAUUUAAAGGCACGGAACGUAAAAGAUACAACGAACCAGAAACAUUUAAAGGCAUGGAGCCUAAAAGAUACAACGACCCAGAAACAUUUAAAGGCAUGGAACAUAAAAGAUACAACGACCAAGAAACAUUUAAAGGCAUAGAACCUAAAAGAUACAACGACCCUAAAACAUUUAAAGGCAUGCAACCUAAAAGGUACAACGACCCUGAAACAUUUAAAGGCAUGCAACCUAAAAGGUACAACGACCCUGAAACAUUUAAAGGCAUGGAACCUAAAAGAUACAACGACCAAGAAACAUUUAAAGCCAUGGAGCCUAAAAGAUACAACGACCCUAAAACAUUUAAAGGCAUGGAACGUAAAAGAUACAACGAACCAGAAACAUUUAAAGCCAUGGAGCCUAAAAGAAACAACAAACGACAAAUAUUGAAAGCCAUGGAACCUAAAAGGGUCAACGAUCCAGAAUCAUUUAAAGGCAUGGAACCUAAAAGAAACAACAAACGACAAAUAUUAAAAGCCAUGGAACCUAAAAGGGUCAACGAUCCAGAAUCAUUUAAAGGCAUGGAACCUAAAAGGUAUAACAACCCUGAAACAUUUAAAGGCAUGGAACCUAAAAGAAACAACGACCAAGAAACAUUUAAAGGCAUGAAACCUAAAAGGUAUAACAACCCUGAAACAUUUAAAGGCAUGGAACCUAAAAGAAACAACGACCAAGAAACAUUUAAAGGCAUGAAACCUAAAAGGUAUAACAACCCUGAAACAUUUAAAGGCAUGGAACCUAAAAGGGUCAACGAUCCAGAAUCAUUUAAAGGCACGGAACCUAAAAGAAACAACGACCAAGAAACAUUUAAAGGCAUGAAACCUAAAAGGUAUAACAACCCUGAAACAUUUAAAGGCAUGGAACCUAAAAGAAACAACGACCAAGAAACAUUUAAAGGCAUGAAACCUAAAAGGAACAACGACCCUGAAACAUUUAAGGGGAUGGAAGCUAAAAGAAACAACGACCAGGAAACAUUUAAAGGACUAACACCUAAAAGGUACAACGACCCAGAAUCAUUUAAGGGGAUGGAAGCUAAAAGAAACAACGACCAGGAAACAUUUAAAGGCAUGGAACCUAAAAGAAACAACGACCCAGAAUCAUUUAAAGGCAUGGAACCUAAAAGAUACAACGACCCUGAAACAUUUAAAGGCAUGGAACCUCAAAGAUACAACAAACGACAAAUAUUAAAAGCCAUGGAGCCUAAAAGAUACAACGACCCUAAAACAUUUAAAGGCAUGGAACCUAAAAGGUAUAACAACCCUGAAACAUUUAAAGGCAUGCAACCUAAAAGGUACAACGACCCUGAAACAUUUAAGGGGAUGGAAGCUAAAAGAAACAACGACCAGGAAACAUUUAAAGGACUAACACCUAAAAGGUACAACGACCCAGAAUCAUUUAAAGGCAUGGAACCUAAAAGAUACAACGACAAAGAAACAUUUAAAGGCAUGAAACCUAAAAGGUAUAACAACCCUGAAACAUUUAAAGGCAUGGAACCUAAAAGAAACAACGACCAAGAAACAUUUAAAGGCAUGAAACCUAAAAGGAACAACGACCCUGAAACAUUUAAGGGGAUGGAAGCUAAAAGAAACAACGACCAGGAAACAUUUAAAGGCAUGGAACCUAAAAGAAACAACGACCCAGAAUCAUUUAAAGGCAUGGAACCUAAAAGAUACAACGACCCUGAAACAUUUAAAGGCAUGGAACCUCAAAGAUACAACAAACGACAAAUAUUAAAAGCCAUGGAGCCUAAAAGAUACAACGACCCUAAAACAUUUAAAGGCAUGGAACCUAAAAGGUAUAACAACCCUGAAACAUUUAAAGGCAUGCAACCUAAAAGGUACAACGACCCUGAAACAUUUAAAGGCAUGGAACCUAAAAGAUACAACGACCCUAAAACAUUUAAAGGCAUGGAACCUAAAAGAUACAACGACCCUGAAACAUUUAAAGGCAUGGAACGUAAAAGAAACAACGACCCUAAAACAUUUAAAGGCAUGACACUUAAAAGGUACAAUGACCCUGAAACAUUUACAGGCAUGGAACCUCAAAGAUACAACAAACGACAAAUAUUAAAAGCCAUGGAGCCUAAAAGAUACAACGACCAAGAAACAUUUAAGGGCACGGAGCCUAAAAGAUACAACGACCCUAAAACAUUUAAAGGCAUGGAACCUAAAAGAUACAACGAACCAGAAACAUUUAAAGCCAUGGAGCCUAAAAGAUACAACGACCAAGAAACAUUUAAAGCCAUGGAGCCUAAAAGAUACAACGACCAAGAAACAUUUAAAGCCAUAGAGCCUAAAAGAUACAACGACCCUAAAACAUUUAAAGGCAUGGAACCUAAAAGAUACAACGAACCAGAAACAUUUAAAGCCAUGGAGCCUAAAAGAUACAACGAACCAGAAACAUUUAAAGCCAUGGAACCUAAAAGAUACAACGAACCAGAAACAUUUAAAGGCAUGAAACCUAAAAGGUAUAACAACCCCGAAACAUUUAAAGGCAUGGAACCUAAAAGAUACAACGAACCAGAAACAUUUAAAGCCAUGGAGCCUAAAAGAUACAACGAACCAGAAACAUUUAAAGGCAUGAAACCUAAAAGGUAUAACAACCCAGAAACAUUUAAAAGCAUGGAACCUAAAAGAUACAACGACCCAGAAACAUUUAAAGCCAUGGAGCCUAAAAGAUACAACAAACCAGAAACAUUUAAAGCCAUGGAGCCUAAAAGAUACAACGACCCUAAAACAUUUAAGGGGGUGGAAUCUAAAAGGUUCAACGAACCAGAAACAUUUAAAGGCAUGAAACCUAAAAGAUACAACGAACCAGAAACAUUUAAAGGCAUGGAACCUAAAAGAUACAACGAACCAGAAACAUUUAAAGGCAUGAAACCUAAAAGGUAUAACAACCCUGGAACAUUUAAAGGCAUGGAACCUAAAAGAUACAACGAACCAGAAACAUUUAAAGCCAUGGAGCCUAAAAGAUACAACGAACCAGAAACAUUUAAAGCCAUGGAGCCUAAAAGAUACAACGAACCAGAAACAUUUAAAGCCAUGGAACCUAAAAGAUACAACGAACCAGAAACAUUUAAAGCCAUGGAGCCUAAAAGAUACAACGACCCUAAAACAUUUAAAGCCAUGGAGCCUAAAAGAUACAACGACCCUAAAACAUUUAAAGCCAUGGAGCCUAAAAGAUACAACAAACCAGAAACAUUUAAAGCUAUGGAGCCUAAAAGAUACAACGACCCAGAAACAUUUAAAGGCAUGGAACCUAAAAGAUACAACGAACCAGAAACAUUUAAAGCUAUGGAGCCUAAAAGAUACAACGAACCAGAAACAUUUAAAGCCAUAGGGCCUAAAAGAUACAACGACCAAGAAACAUUUAAAGCUAUGGAGCCUAAAAGAUACAACGACCCUAAAACAUUUAAGGGCAUGGAACGUGAAAUAAAAAACGAUCCAGAAACUUUUAAAGGCGUUGAACCGAAGAUACAGUAA